GAAACUAGGAAAUCAAAUCGAGCGGUCUUUCAACGUGAGACUUCUAACUGAUACGUAAUAGAACUAUCAACUUUCUUUGUUAUAAAUUGUCAACACCCAUCCCAUUCACGGGGUUACAACGUUGCUCGCUUCCCUGUGCCCAUAAAUUCAACGUUCUUUCAUUACAAUCCUUCAGCUCUUGCUCUUGUAGCCCACCUAGCCCAGAAUAAAAUCCCUGUCUGUACUAAAAUCAACCCCUUUUACGAUGUCCACGUUCAAGACUCUUGCUUCUCUUGCUCUCCUUGUUGCUACCCGUCUCGCGCUUGUUCAAGCCUCUGUCUAUGUAACCAACCCUGUACAAUCAACCGUUUGCCAUGCUGGUCAGUCCUGCGAGGUUGAUUGGGUUGACGACGGCAGCAGCCCCCUCUUGAGCGACAUUGGAGAAUGCACCGUUGGCUUGUACAACGGCGAGAUGGUCCUCGUGCAGUCGCUUACAUCCGUCAACGUUGCCGACACGCAUUCCUUCUCGUUCACUCCCGACCCAUCUGUCGGCGAUAAUGGCGGCUACUACCUGGUGUUCACCUCAACCGCCAUAAGCUACCAGGGCUGGUCUGGCACUUUCACCCUGGAUGGUAUGACUGGUUCUGGCUCAGGUACUACUGUUGGGGGAUCUUCAACUUCUGGAGGUAGUUCUGCUAUAACCUCUUCCGCUGUUGGAUCCUCAACCAGUAUGACCACCUCUGUAGCCGAUUCCAUCACUGGCACCGUGACUGCCAGUAGCUAUUCAACCGCUACUACCAUCACGACGCCCAUUUCGUCCGGUAUAUCUUCCGGUUUCAGCACCCUCACCGUGCCUUCAACUACUUCGUCAGGCACGACCACCCACAGCACCUCAAGCACUGCCACAAGCGCAACAACAUCGGCCACCCAAUCUGGCGCUGCCAUCCGCACUGGUGCUUCAACCUCGUUGGCGGGUGGUCUCAUCCUCGCCUUUGCUGGUGCUCUUGUAUUCUAAAAAGUGUUGGAGGUUUAGAGAGGGGCUGUGAUUGCGAUACCUUUAUUUUCUUCUUUGAAUACCCCUCCCUGCAGUGACAUUUUUGAUGUGAC